AUGAUUCACGAUGCCGGUCUGGAUUAUUACGGUCGACGAUUGGCAACAUGCUCGUCGGAUAAGACAAUAAAGAUAUUCGAAAUUGAAGGCGAGACGCAUCGAUUAAUUGAAACUCUGAAAGGACACGAAGGUGCUGUGUGGUGUGUUGCAUGGGCCCACCCUAAAUUCGGCACUAUCCUGGCCUCUUCUUCGUAUGAUGGAAAGGUGCUCAUUUGGCGCGAACAGCAUCAAAACUCGACAUCCCCUAUGGCCGGAAACUCCUGGACCAAAGUUUUUGAUUUCUCUCUCCAUACCGCAUCGGUGAACAUGGUCUCCUGGGCUCCCCACGAGAGCGGAUGCUUGCUUGCUUGCGCUUCCUCGGACGGCCACGUCAGUGUCUUGGAAUUCCGUGAUAACAGCUGGACUCACCAGAUCUUCCACGCUCAUGGCAUGGGUGUGAACUCUAUCAGCUGGGCCCCUGCGACGUCUCCUGGCAGCUUGAUCAGCUCAAAUCCCGGACCCGGCCAGCAGCGAAGAUUUGUCACUGGCGGUAGUGAUAACCUACUCAAGAUCUGGGACUACAGCCCGGAAACAAAAAGCUACAAUCUCACUCAAACCUUCGAGGGUCACUCGGACUGGGUCCGAGACGUUGCUUGGUCGCCGAGUAUUUUGUCCAAAUCCUACAUCGCAUCCGCUUCGCAAGAUAAAACCGUUCGGAUCUGGACUUCCGAUGCAUCAAACCCGGGCCAGUGGACUAGCCAGCAACUCGAGUUUGACACUGUCCUCUGGAGAGUCAGCUGGAGCCCCAGUGGGAACAUCCUUGCCGUAGGCGGAGGCGACAAUAAGGUCAGCUUGUGGAAAGAGAACCUCAAGGGACAAUGGGAGAAGGUAAAGGACAUUGAGGAGUAG